UGUCCGCGCCGCCGCGAUGCAGCUGGGGGAGCAGCUCCUGCCUGGCGGCCCUUUCUACCGCAGCGGCGCAGGCUCGCCCCCGCUGGACAAGGGCGCCAAGAAGUUGGGCGGCGCGAUGCUGGAGGCCGAGGCGGGCUCCUUCGCGGGCGCCAAGGCGGACGGGCGCAAGGGCGCGGCGGGCGGCGAGGAGGAGCUGGGCGCGGGCGCGGCGCGGUACUCGCUGGACGGGCUCAGCCCCGAGCGCUACUACCUGCCGUCCCCGGGGCCGCCGGGCGCCGAGCUAGGCGCGCCCUGCUCGCUCUUCCCCUACCCGGCGGCGGCGGCGCAGCACGGCCCCGUGUACCAGGCGCCGGGCGGGGGCCGCUACCCCUACGGCUCCGUGCUGCCCCCGGCCGGCUUCCCCGCCGCCGCCGCCGUCUGCCCGCCCGGCGCCCGGCCGCAGUUCGGGGCCGCGGGCAGCGCGGGCGGCGCCUACCAGUACGGCCAGGGCGGGCCCCCCGCCGGCCUGUACGGGCCCUACCCGGCGGCCGGCGCCUGCGGCGGGCUGGGCGCUCUCGGCGUGGCCGGCGCGGCCGCGGGGCUCCGCGCCCAGGUCUUCCUCUGCAACCGGCCGCUCUGGCUCAAGUUCCACCGGCACCAGACCGAGAUGAUCAUCACCAAGCAGGGCAGGCGCAUGUUUCCCUUCUUGAGCUUCAACAUCACGGGCCUGAACCCCACGGCCCACUACAACGUGUUCGUGGAGGUGGUGCUGGCCGACCCCAACCACUGGCGCUUCCAGGGGGGCAAGUGGGUGACGUGCGGCAAGGCGGACAACAACAUGCAAGGUAACAAGGUGUAUGUUCACCCUGAAUCCCCCAACACUGGAGCUCACUGGAUGAGGCAGGAGAUCUCCUUCGGGAAACUGAAGCUGACCAAUAAUAAAGGUGCCAACAACAACAAUGCCCAGAUGAUAGUGCUGCAGUCUCUACACAAAUACCAGCCGAGACUUCAUAUUGUAGAAGUGACUGAAGAUGGAGUCGAAGAUCUCAAUGACUCUUCAAAAACUCAGACAUUUAUUUUCCCGGAAACACAGUUCAUAGCAGUUACUGCAUAUCAGAAUACUGAUAUCACCCAGCUUAAGAUUGACCAUAACCCUUUUGCAAAAGGCUUCAGGGACAACUAUGAUUCCAUGUACACAGCUUCAGAAAAUGACAGGUUAACUCCAUCUCCCACGGAUUCUCCUAGAUCCCACCAGAUUGUCCCAGGAGCCCGGUACAGUGUGCAGCCAUUCUUCCAGGAACAGUUUGUCAACAACCUACCACCAGCCAGAUUUUACAAUGGUGAGAGAACAGUACCUCAGACAAAUGGCUUGCUCUCGCCCCAGCAAAAUGAAGAAGUGGCCAAUCCCCCCCAGAGGUGGUUUGUUACUCCUGUGCAGCAGCCUGGUGCCAACAAACUGGACAUGAACUCUUACGAAUCAGAGUAUUCGCCAAGCACCUUGCUCCCGUAUGGCAUUAAAUCGCUUCCCCUUCAGACAUCCCAUGCAUUGGGAUACUAUCCUGAUCCAACGUUUUCAUCUAUGGCAGGGUGGGGAAGCAGAGCCUCCUAUCAGAGAAAAGUGACAUGGACUUCCCGAACAAGUCCUUCAGGCUUCUCUGAAGAUCAGCUUUCCAAAGAGAAAGUUAAAGAAGAAAUUGGCUCAUCCUGGAUAGAGACCCCACCUUCCAUAAAGUCUCUAGAUUCAAAUGAUUCAGGGGUCUACACGGGUGCUUGUAAGAGAAGACGACUCUCCCCUAGCACUUCUAGCAAUGAAAACUCUCCUACAAUGAAAUGUGAGGACAUUAAUGCUGAGGACUAUGGCAAAGACACUUCAAAAGGCAUGGGCUACUAUGCUUUCUAUACUAGUUCUUAAACUUUUUAUCCUGUCCAGCCAAAUUUUCAGGGUGGCCUUUUGCAUUAAAAUUGCCAAAAAGACUCUUGCCUUCCACCUUGAAUUGUUUUGUGCAAUUCUAUAGAAGGUGCCAAAGCUUUUUGACUGCUGCAGGGAGGGAAGGAUAACAUAACUUGACUAAUAAUUUUAGGAUGAAGUGCAAGGGGCUGUUGUAAGGAUCCUGGCUUUUUACAAUGUGGCUUAUUUAUUGGAGACACUAAAGUGUGUAGUUUGGCUGGCCCGGCAGCCAACGGGUAAGUGCUGUGCACUACCAAAUGGGAGAUGGGGGGGGGGUGGAUCCUAAACUUUUUUUUCUAGGUCUCUUGAGCAAGAAGGGGCUCUGAGUUGCUGCAUGGGUGCUACUUCUCUGCUUGUAGCAGAGCAGGCCCCAUUCCAAUGGUACCUGCACGCUUGGUCAGAAACAUCUAACAGUUGGAGUGGCUUGGGCAGACAGCAGCUGAGCCAUGGAAGGAAUAAAACCCUUCGGGGAAGGGGUUGAUGUGAAUGCCCUGUUGCCCAGGCCCUGGUUCUGAUGACCAAAUCUACCUUUUUCCUUGUCUAGGAUAGGAUGAACAGACUCUAAAAAUUCUGGAUGUGGAAGCUAUGAGGAUCUUCAUAGAGGUGGCCAAAAAAUUGUACAGCUGUGGUUUUUUAUGUUUUGUUUUUUUUUUUCUUUUGCCUAAGUACACUGUGGAAUAUUGUAUAAAUAAUCUACAUAUAGAAGUCUCGUGGGCUCAGCAGAAGUUGGUGCUUUUUGAAGUUCUUGUUUUUGGGGUUGUGUUUUUAAAAACAAGGCAACUCCCCCCCCCCCCCCCUUAGACAAUUGGAGCAUUAAAAUGGGUCACGGAGAGGUUCAGCAGCAGCGUAUCCAUUUAUGUGCAAGUAAAGUGACUUUCUUUUUCAGCUACCCCCUAUUACUUUGAAAGUGCAACUUCUCUACCCACUCUGUUUGAAGACAGAAAGAAAGAAGGAAAAAAAAAAAGAG